CUUCGUACAGAGCCUUCAGAGACGUUAGUCGCCAUAUUAAUAGAAGCUGUAAUUAGUAUAUUCAAGGUAUAUCCGUGGACAGGUUCCGAUUUGAAUUCGUUGCCCUCAUAUUUCCUUGUGAUAGUCCAUCUUUUCAAAAUGCGUGAAAUAGUCCAUCUACAAGCUGGCCAAUGUGGCAAUCAGAUCGGUGCCAAGUUUUGGGAAGUAAUUUCGAAUGAACAUGGCAUCGAUGCUACCGGAGUAUUCCAAGGCGAAUGUGGCGAUCUACAAUUGGAAAGAAUUAACGUUUACUACAAUGAGGCAUCCGGUGGUAAAUAUGUACCACGAGCUAUAUUGGUAGAUCUCGAGCCAGGAACCAUGGACUCCGUCCGUUCUGGGCCCUUUGGCCAGUUGUUCCGUCCGGAUAACUUUUCGUUCGGUCAAUCCGGUGCAGGGAACAAUUGGGCCAAAGGCCAUUACACGGAAGGUGCAGAAUUGGUAGAUUCUGUCUUGGAUAUUGUACGUAAAGAAGCCGAAGCAUGCGAUUGUCUGCAGGGUUUCCAGCUCACGCAUUCUCUUGGUGGUGGAACCGGAUCAGGAAUGGGAACACUGCUUAUUUCAAAAAUUCGAGAAGAGUUUCCGGAUCGCAUAAUGAAUACUUUCUCCAUAGUUCCAUCUCCAAAAGUAUCCGAUACCGUAGUCGAGCCAUACAAUGCCACGCUGAGCGUGCAUCAAUUGAUCGAAAAUACGGACGAAACAUACUGCAUCGAUAAUGAAGCACUGUAUGAUAUAUGUUUCCGUACGUUGAAGUUGACCACUCCAACAUACAGCGAUCUAAACCAUCUGGUGUCAGCGGCCAUGUCUGGAGUCACGACGUGUCUUCGCUUUCCCGGCCAACUGAACGCAGAUCUUCGUAAAUUGGCGGUAAAUAUGGUUCCGUUUCCGCGAUUACAUUUCUUUAUGACCGGAUUUGCGCCGCUCACUUCUCGAGGCGCACAGCAAUACCGUGCCUUAACGGUGCCCGAAUUGACACAGCAAAUGUUUGAUGCCAAAAAUAUGAUGGCCGCAUGCGAUCCGCGUCACGGCCGCUAUUUAACUGUAGCUGCCAUCUUCCGCGGGCGUAUGUCGAUGAAAGAGGUCGAUGAACAAAUGAUGAAUACGCAAACGAAGAACAGUAGCUAUUUUGUGGAAUGGAUACCAAAUAACGUGAAGACAGCGGUGUGUGAUAUUCCGCCCCGGGGGCUUAAGAUGUCCUCCACGUUCAUUGGAAACUCUACAGCAAUACAGGAGAUUUUCAAGCGCAUUGCCGAACAGUUUACAGCAAUGUUUAGACGCAAGGCAUUCUUACAUUGGUACACUGGCGAAGGAAUGGACGAGAUGGAAUUCACAGAAGCCGAAAGCAAUAUGAAUGACCUUGUCUCCGAGUAUCAACAAUAUCAAGAAGCUACAGCUGACGAGGAAGGAGAAAUGGAUGAGGAGGAAGAAGCAGGCGAAGAUUGAAACUAGAUAAAUUGAAUAUUUAAAUUACGUGUCAAAUUUUCGUUUAUGUUGAGGUCAAUAAAAUUGUGAACUCUUUGCUUGAUUCGUGAUAAA